GAAAUCUGAGGGCACCUCUAAUAUUCUGAAGAACGUCUGUUUUUGUGUUCAGCCAUGUCCGUCCAGAAUAACACAACUCACUGCUUGAUCCAACAAACCAAUGCAGCCAUUAUCGUGACCCCUGUACUCAUCAUAGAGUUCAUAUUUGGGAUGCCUGGGAAUGCAAUGGCUCUCUGGAUCUUUGGCUCCUCCCUGAAAAAACGGAAGCCCCUCACCGUCUAUCUGCUGAACCUAGUGCUGGCUGACCUACUGCUUAUCAUCUCCCUGCCCUUCAGGAUUGACAGCAACAUGAGGAAAGAGCACUGGAUCUUUGAAGACAUUUUUUGUCGGAUUAAUCUUUUCACGCUGGCUCUGAACCGCUCCGCCAGCAUUGGAUUCAUGACUCUAGUGGCAGUCGAUCGCUACUUCAAGAUUGUCUUACCACACCACCGGCUCAAUCGCCUGUCCAUCAAGUAUUCUGUUGCCAUUUCGUUUAUUGUGUGGGCACUGGUCUUGGCGUUGAGGUGUCCAUUAUUAAGCAAGAAUCAUAUUUAUGUCAGCGGCAAUAUGUCUCUAUGCCGGAGUUUUAGCCACACAAUUGACUUGACUUUUGAAAAGAAGCUGCACUAUGGGGUCUACAUUCUUGAAUUCUUCAUACCAUUUGGCAUCCUGAUUUUCUGCACCUUUAGGAUCAUAUGGAUACUGAAGUUUCGCCAGUUAGACAAGUCAAACAAGGUCCAGAAGGCUAUUAAGGUGCUUGUGCUCAUUUUACUAUGCUUCACCAUCUGCUUCCUACCAGGCAUUCUGUCAGGACUGACUGCCCUUCUGAUCAUAAAGUUCUUCCCAAGUGCCUGCAAGGCUUAUAACAUCUCUGCCAUGCUCUUCAGCGUCUCCAUCGCUUUUACGUACCUAAACAGCGUCCUGGAUCCAAUCAUCUACUGCUUCUCUAGCUCUUUGUUCUUAAAUGCGUUGAAGAAGUCGAUCAAUUCAAUGGGACUCUGUCAACUCGAUGUAGAAAGAAAACCUAUUUAUGGCACUGACAGUGACAGGAAUACCUCGUGAGUUCCUUCCCUUGUGUCAGAAACUGCUGUGAUGCUGGGCUGCAUCAUAAUGAUUGGUAUGAAGAGAACAGUGACACAAUGACCAUGAUGGGGGUCUCCUGGCACUUGCAUCACUUCCUGCUUUUUCUGAUAUUUGCAUUACAAUCUUGACCCAGCAGCCAGGAGAGUCCUGCUCCUUUAUAUGUCCUUGAGUGUUGUCACCUGUUGCUAUAGUAACUGCUGUGAUGAUUUUGCAUCCCGAUAAUAAUCAAUAUGGUCUUAUCCCUUGGUGUAGCAUCUGAGUGCACAAAAUUCAGCCACGAGGUUUGAACCCAAUGAUAAAUAUCAUAUAAAAUAAACACUGCUAAGUGAAACAUCCUGCACAAUCCUCCAUGAUAUGAGACAGCGUCUGAGUGGGCACAGCAAACUGCAGAGGGGUAGUGUGACCACCUGGCCUGAGUCCUCUGGUCUCUGGCAUUGAAGUUUCUACAAGGACACGGACUGCUAAAUUAAUGUUUCUUUGUUUUGUUGUUGUCUGCUUUGUUAUCACCUGCCUAUAAAGACAUGAAGUACUAUAGAUCAAGUUUGUGUUUCCAUGUCGCCUGUUCAAACUAUGCAGCCAGUACACA